AUGUGGGAAGGUCAAGCUGCAGAGCAAAUGAUGCAAGCUGUACUUACACAUUACACCGAGCACCCUUUCCCCAAAGACGUUCAGCGCUUUAGCUUUAACAUCCUAAUAAUUUCUGACAAGGUGAAAGGACCUUCCACUUCACGCUGUAUGUCUAACAGGUCUGAGGUUUUAAGCGAGAAACGAACCGUGCAGGGGAGGACCUCUGCCCAAGGAGGUUCAGAAGAGCAAACUGUUCGCUCCAGUGCCGGGGCGCCGGGCUCGCAGACGCGGGAGAGUGGAGCUCCGGCCCCCGGAGCGCGGGCUGCGGGAGUCGGGCUCUGGCGGGCGCAGACCCGAGAGGACUCAGGGGGGCGGACCGGGUCAGCUCGGAGGACUCACCUGGUCAUGUUGACUCCGGGCAGCCGCCGCCGCCGCCUCUCGCGCCGCCACCAGCACUUUAGUCCAGCGCCUUCGCCCCACGCCACGGCCGCGCAGCCCGCGCCUGCCCCAGCCGCCGGAGUCCGGGCGGCCGAUUUAAUCCCGCGCAGCUGCGGCCCCCGCCGCGGGAGCACCCCCAGUGGCUGCCGCUGCCGCCGCCGCCGCCGCCUCCGCCCGGUCCUCGCGCGGCCAGCCCAGUCCAGAGCGAGGAAGUGGAGGAGAGUCUGCGAGUGA